CACCAUUGGCAUUGGCCCACCACCUCGUUCCCACUACGCGACGCCGGCUCCACCUUUCUCCUUCCUCUCCUUUAACAACCUCCAUCCCAACAGUCUUGCUCCUUUUGUUCUCUGCUUCACUUUCCUCUUCGUGCCGUGGCUUUGGCCUCCUCUUCAAUCCCUCAAUUCCUUUCUUUUCGCUGCUCUUCCCCCAAGUAUGGGUGGUUGCGCUUGCCUGAAUAAUGGUAUACUUGAUUUUCCUAUCCCUUGCCGCUAUUCUUUACUUCGCUUGUAAUCUACGUUCGGCCUCCACCGCCUCCGAAUCGAUUACGCUUUUCAUCUUUAUCACCAUCCUCCAUACAGUUUCGCGAAGUACCAUACCGUCCUCAUCCUCCUUUUAGCUCUUGUUUCUUCUUGAUAUCUUUCGGAUGCUACAUUUUCUCAGAUCCAGUGGCUUUUGCGUCAACUCAAUUUGAUCAAGUUCUUUUGUUUUUUUCCCUCUCCAUGGAACUGUCGGCGCCGCUGGUAUUACUCUUCCGUCCUCACGUCUACUUUUCUUAGACCAAUCAAUCAAUCAACUCACGUGGCUUCCUUUCACAACUUACUCGCGAAAAUGUCAAAAUCUAUGUAAUGGUUGGAAUAUAUCACCAUGGCUGGAACGCUCAUUUCCAUGUUCUUCGCACUAGCAUUGUCUUUGCCCUUGGAUAUUUUCUAUAUUUAUUAAGCCAUUUAUGACUCUGGUUAAAAUCUUAAGCUAACAUUUGCAAAAUUGGAAUCAAGGACGUAGAUUUCUCCGCCUUUGAAAUCAAUAUAUUCGUGUAGCUGCUUUUUCUGUCCCUUUUCAAUUUGCUUGUGAUGCCUCUGCCUUUUCACCAAAUGCAUUUUUGGCAAGUUAUAGCCAUUCUGCCGUGUUAUCCUUUUUUUAGCACUUCCUUCUUCCGUUCCGUGUUAUGAGAGUGAGUUAGGUUAUUAAAAUGAGAAAUUUUCCAGAUACAUAAUUGCAAGAUAAGCUAGAAAAUCCUUGCCAGCAUGAGGUCCCACGGGUGGGUGAAACUCUGAAGUACGGCUUAAGCAUAUCUUCUGCCAUGCCAUUCGGUAUACAGCGAAGUAAUGAGUAUUAAACCCCCGCUAAGGACAUGGCAUUACAUUUAGAACUAAAAAAGAUGAGGUCAAAAGGGCAACAAAGCAGCGCGAAGAUAGUCAAGGAGAGGCUUGAUUUGCCCCAAUUCGAGAAUGGUCUUAGUCCACCGCUCGGGAAUCGCAGUCAUGAAGUGAGACAGAAUGCAGAUGGUAAGACUUUUGUCCAGUCAACCAGAAAUAGCAGACGGCAGAGCUCUAAGAGAAGGGCAACUAAAAGUGAUGAGCUUGUCAAGCACAUGACUAAUUUGCCCCAUUAUCUCCUGCAUGCUGAUAGAGAAGAAAAUAUUCAAGACAAUCCUUUAAAUUUUGGAGUUUUAGAUUGGACGCAGCUAGAAAAAUGGAAGCACAAGCAAAGGUAUGGGCCAGUAAAAGCUAGCAAUUUCGCGUCAUUUCAAGACGGUGAAUCAUCAUCAAGAAAAACCACCAAGUCAUCUGCCGCCGCCACUGUUGGAACAUCUCAUAAGCAUGGCCUCUAUGAAGGUGCCAAACCAUGUUUUCAGAAUGUCAGAAGACCUCGACAUUUUGAAACUGAAGAGAAGAGGAAAGAUCUGGAUAAAUCAGUUUCAGCAGUGAGAACUUUUGCAUCCUUCUUGAGGCAGGACGGGGUCCCGCUAGUUUCUAAUGAAAACAAAUAUGGCGGGGACAGUGAAGCUGAGAAGAGCAUGGAGAGUUUGCAAGAGUCUAACCUCGAGAAAAAAGAGAAAAAUCGUGAAUUGAGGUCUGAUAUGGGAUUGCGAUCAUCGAAGGUCAAGAGUAAAGGGAUCUCUGUGGGUUCCAAGAAAAAAGGUGGCUCCCGCAGCAGCAAAAUCAAGAUAAGAAAUGAAGAGUUGGAAGAGUCAGAUAUCGAUGUAAUGGAAUCACAUGAUGACAAACAAGACCGUAUCAGGCCAAAUAAUAUUGUUCUGCUUCGUCCUCGAGAAAUUAGUUCCAGCAGCAACAAAACCAAUAUAAAGGAUAAUCAGUUGCAAGAGUCAGAUACUGAUGCCAAUCGCAAACAAGGCCCUGGGAAGCCAAAAAAUAUCGUGCUACUUCGCCCCCGACCAAUCCCCCAAUCGAGUUCUGACAUUUUAGAGUUGUCUCGUAGAAGAACGUCAUUUGACGAGUAUUUUGCAGAGUCAAGUCGAAGUAGUUUGUCAAGCGUUUCCCUUUUUAAGGACAUUGACUCCGAAGAUGCAUGCUCUAAAAUUCCACAUUCAAGUGAAAUGUGUUCUAUGGUUCAACCUGUUCCAACUUUAGGAUCAUUGCUUCUUAGAACUGAUACUGAUCAGGGUACAGACUGUUCUUCUGUUGCAUCUGAGACACCUUCUUUCGCAUCUAAGACCUCUACUCUGCAUUCUGAAGGUGCUUACCUAGAAAGAGAUGCGUUAAGCAAUAAGCUUACAAAUCAGUGUGAUUUCAGUGACUUAAAGGAAUCACUGGACCAGGAAACUGCUGAACUGGCUGCUAAGAGGAGCAGGAAUCUAUCCAGUAGUCGUCGUUUUAGCUUUAGUUUAAGUCGGAUUGGAAGAAGCUUCAGUUUCAAAGAGGGAUCUGCUCUUCCUCAACUUAGCUCCACAUAUGUUAGUGCAAAGUCUGGUCCCGUAACGUCUUCAUCUUCUGCUCGUUGGUAUAGUUCUAGCAAAGAGAAGGAAAAUGGUCAUGACAGAAGCAGGUCCAGCCCCUUGCGAAGGUUGUUAGACCCAAUAUUGAAGCGUAAGGCAUCAAAGUUACGGCAUUCAGCUGAAAGCAGUCAGGUACAAAAAGAAAGCUUGGACUCGAUCAGCUUUAGGACAACCAGUGUUAGUGAAUCGCUUCUAGAUCAAAUGAGCGAGAGUUCCUCAAUCCAAGCCCAUCUACAGGUUACAAUAAAAAAUGGACUACCCUUUUUCAAAUUUGUGCCCAACAAUGAAGUGGAGAUUCUCGCUGCUGCUAUGAAAAGCUUAGAAUCAUCAGUGAAGGAUGAUUUGAACUACUAUUUUACAUUCUACCUACUCCAUGAAGUUAAGAAAAAGAGUGGCGGAUGGAUAAGUCAUGGAAGUAAAGAAAAAGGCCAUGACUACGUCUACAAUGUUGUUGGUCAGAUGAAGUUCUCUACUUCUACAAUCACAAAACCAAGCAAUCAAGACUCUAAGACACUGUCUGUGCAAAAAGAAUAUGUCUUAUCGAGUGUUGAAAUUGACCAGACAGAUCAAGGGCCACCAAAGGUCAUUCGGAGAGGGGAGCUUGCUGCUGCUGUUGUUGAGAUCCCAUUGGAAAGCCUAAUCCAUAAAGGUCCACGUUGGGAUAAUAAUUCGGUGAAGGGAUGCUUAAAAUGCUCGGCAGAAGAAAGAUGUAGAUGCAACUUGGGAGAAAAUGAUAUCUCAGGGAGCACUACAGUCAUACUGCCUGGUGGCAUCCAUGGGUCAUCGGACAGAGGAGAACCUUCACCAUUGAUCCAUAGAUGGAGAUCGGGUGGCCUAUGUGACUGUGGGGGUUGGGACAUCGGUUGCAAAUUGCUUGUCCUCUCCAAUCCAAGGCUCAGUUCAGAAUCUCAACGUGAAUAUUUUCAGCUUUUUGUUCAGGAAGGUGCUGAGCCAGACAGCCCCGCUUUCAGUUUGGUGCCAUUGAAGGAGGGAUUAUACUCGGUUGUAUUCAAUUCGUCGAUCACUCAUUUACAGGCUUUUUUCAUUUCAAUUGCUGUGUUAAGCUGCCAGAAACCAAGUUCAUUAGAAAUGACCGUGAUGCAAGAACAAAUUUUUAAAGAACUGAGCAGUUUGAAGAGCGGUAACAACCUUCCUGGGAAUGCGCCUGUGAAUUAUACUCCAAUUCCACCACCCUCCCCUGCAGGAAGAGUUUAAUUUUUGAAACACGAGGUUUUUCGUUGUUCAUAGAUAGCUGGCAAAGAUCUCCCGAACCCCGAUUGCAAAGGAGACUUUUUCCCUCUCUUCACAAUUUCGUAGCUGCUAUUUGAUAGUUUUUUACUUUUUCUCCUGCUGAGCAACUUGUGGCGAAAGGUAUGCUCAUGGAACCUUCUCAUUCAUUGUACUACUACAGCACCUCCGUCUUUGUACAAAUCAACAUGUGAAUAAAUAAAAUCAGUGGGGGUAAUACACUUCAAGGUUCAAAUCCUUAGCCUUGAUGCCUUUUCCUACUUAGAGAAAGAUAUAAGAUUAUGUUAAUUAAUUUGUAUUUUUCUUGUUUGGCUUGGAUAUUUUGAAGGCAGGUUACCAGCCUUUUAACUUUUAUAGCCCAUUUGUAAUUAUACAUCACUUUACUUCGGCCCGAAAAUUAUAUCAUAUUGGACAAUGAUUUUACUA